AUGACUACGCGCCAGCCCCUCCACCCCAUUUCCCCGCCGUCGGCCACCGCUGUCAAGUCACGCUACGCACAUCUCCAGAGACCCACAUUAGCUACCACCACCACAACCACCACCAGGACCAAUGGACUCGGCACCAUGGACACCGGAAACCACGACCGACAUGACUUGCACGAUGCAGACUCCGUCGUGUCUGGACUGAGCGAGCUCGAAAAUGACGCCGAAGACGAUUUUGAUAAGCUCAUGAUACGCAACGAGCGCGACAGACGACGACUGAGCCAGGCCGCCAGUAACCGGCCCCAGCCCUUUACAAAGGCGCGCGCACAUCCGCGCGUAGGCUUGACCCUGGAGAACCUCGAAAGGAACAAUGCAGCAGCAACAGCGGCGGCGAGUGCAAAUGUCAGCCUGGACCGCCCGCCCAGCAGUAACGGGAGCACAAGCAGCAAUCCAGCAAUACAUGUGCCGGCAGCAUGGGGUAGGAAGAGCAGGAGCAACAGACACUGGAUGCGGGCCAUCGCCUACGACGAGGAUCAGCAGCAACAGACACCCACGGCCCCAGAAGAAGAUGGGACAAACGAUCAAUACUACGGCAACAACGCGAACCUGCCACACCGCUCAGUCGAAGACAGCCCGCUCUCGCACAAGACGUCCAUGGUCGGCACUCCACGCGCCGAUUCCGAGGAGUGGGACCUCACCUUUGAGCUCAACGAAGCUUCCAUGAUUGCAUCUACGCCCUACAUCCCCAGAAGUACCGUGCUAGACGACAUACGGCGGCGCGAGAUUGAAAGCUCAAAGGAACGGUCGGGCUCGCCCGAGCCAGCGCGCCGACGGUCUUCGUCUGGGCGGAAAGCGGAGAGUGCAAGCCAUGGCGCAUCGAACCCCGAACCAGUCGUGCAAGAGUCUCCGCCGCCCCAGAAAAAGCUGCGUAUGCGCACACAGUCAUGGCAGUCAAUUGGCAAGUCACAGCCGGUAAUGGGUGUGGGCAAGGAAGACAUGCCCUCUGCAAUGUAUAAGAGCACGGAGAGCAUAGCUGAGGUAGAUCGCGAAGUGGUUGCCACUGUUGAAAGAAUCCCACCAAAGCGCGUUCCCCAUCGGCGGCAUGACUCACAGGACCUGCUGCGUCGGCUGGCGAGAGCCUCGAACACCCCAAGCCCGGCGCGGCCACAAGCGACACCUUCAGAGCCGCUGGACGGCUCAUCAGAGAUGGGAACCACGCGUACCCAAUCUUCGGGCAAAGAGAGGAUGCAAAACGUGGAAGUGAACGCAUCCGUGCCCAAAGCCGUUUCCGAACCUGUGGCACCUGCGUCACAAGGGGACACAGAGCGAGAGGGGUCACGAGAGACGCCCCAAGAAGCCGGACAAUUGCCGGAAUCUUCAACGGAGAAGGGAGCAAAAACCAAUGGAGUACAUGCGACACCAAUGCCCGCAAAGAGACCGAUAUUGAACCCCAAGACUCCAGUAGUGACUGGUGCCUGGGUCGACACACCAGGUCCACGUACUACUCAAAGAUCUGUCUCUACAAGUAGAUCUCGUUCGCGUUCACGCUCACCCAAGAAAGUCGAUCCACGCAAGACCAAAUCGCUUGAGAGACUCAGGCCUGGCACUGAAGGGUCUGCAAAUGUAGCUAUGGAAGUGAUCCGUCCCCAGUUACCCAGAUCUGCACUGCAAGCACUCGUCGAAGAAGCGAAAGCUCACGACAAACAAUCAACAGCGGAUUUUGGUGACUCUACAAUCAACUCACUUGAGGAGCUCAUCACUCCAUUGACUGAAAUCGCAGUAGACGAAGAUACUCUUCAGGGUCUUCAGAUUCCAACUGAUGCACCCCGUAACGAUGCGGAACGCCAAAGACAGCAAGAGCUCGUCCAUUUGCAUCGCAUGAGCGAUCGCCUCCGUGCAGCGCGUACUAGCAUCCGUGACGUAAGUCGAGGCAUGAAGCGCGUCGAGGACCGAGUCGAGCAUGUCGAAGAGGGAGAGAAUGGCGAGAAAAUCAAGGUGGUCAAGCGGACAUGUCUGUGUACGAGUGAAGACCACGCGCAGUACUUUUCAAUGUGGAAGUGGUGGAAGAGCUUAUUCUGGGAGCAACGACUCAAGUCCUUGCGCCAGAUAUCCAACAGUCGGCUGAGGUUCUGGGGCGGACUAACGGGUCUGAGCAUUUUUCUCAUCACCCUCUUGGUCUGGUGGAUAAGCGAAGAGGUUGCUUGUGAGUUAUACUGUCGACCCGUGUACGCCCAAUCGUAUCCCUACCCAUUCAGUGUGAACCCCAAUGCUCCAAAAUAUCCCUAUGUCAUUCCUACCCUCAUCUACCGCAAUCUCAUCAAGGACUGGUGGGUCCCUGUAUCUUCAUUCUUCUCAUGGCUCGCUGCAACUAUUUGGGAGUGCCUGGUCGGCUUUGAGCAAACGACGCGCAUUGGCAACUACAUGAAAAGUCAAAGCAUGCGAAGUUCGGGUGCGGUAGAAACACAUUGGAUGAGUGAAGAUGCCGCUACACUUAUGGAAGAGAGGGGCUGGGAUGCUAGCAUAUUUAACGAUGAGAUUUUGCCUGGUGGGCGGUAG